AACGUGAAGCGCUCGCAUAUUUGGUAGUACUUCAACUCUGUACAACUAGACAUCCUCGUGUCCGAGUUUGCACCCCUCAACGAAAGCAAUUAAGCAAUUAGAACCAAAGCAUCAUCUACAUCUCGUGCCCCUUCAUCCAAAACAAACCCUUACAAUCUCCUCCGCCAUUCUACCCCCCUAGAAUAACAACACGGGCGUACAACAACCACCACCACCACCCAACCACCCCGUCUCCAUAACCACCCAUCCAUCUGCAACCCGCAGCCUCCCCACCCCUAAAACCACCACAACGCCCACCUCACCCCCCGCCCACCCACGGCCCUCCUCCCCGGAGCACGCCGCCCACAAACAACAACACAGCCAAAAACUCAGUCCCAGCGCCUCCCCCUUACACCUCACCAUGGCCCCCUUCACCAACCUCUUCCACGGCGGCACCACCACCACCACCCCAACCACCGCCUUCCACCACACGCAAUCCGCGCCCCUCGCCGCCCACCAGCCCUCGCACCGGCCCCUCCGCUUCCUCGGCCAGCUGCUCGACGCCCCCUACCCCCCCCCGCCCCGGCGCCACCCGCGCCACGACAUCCUCGCGCCCGACUUCGACGUGCGCGAGACCGAGGCCGCGUAUUUCCUCGAGGGCGAGUUCCCGGGGAUCCGCGACCAGCGCGCGAUCCGGCUGGAGUGGGUGGAUCGGCGCACGCUGGCGAUUGAGGCGCGCGUGGGGCGGGUCGACUUGGUGGGCGAGUGGGAUCUGGACGGGGAGCGGGAGCGGGAGCGGGAGAAGAAGGGCGGGUGGAAGGUGCAUGGGGAUGGGUGUCGGGAUGUGGGGGAGAUGGAGAUGGAGAUGGAGGAGGAUGGGGGACCGUGUGUGCGGGAGGCGGAGUUGGAGAAGAGGAAGUUGGAGGGGGCCCAGAUGGAGAAGGGGGAGUGGCCGGUGCGGGAGUGGUUGGCGGAGAGGCGGGUGGGGCAUUACCAGCGGACGUUUACGUUUCCGGGGGAUGUGGAUGCGGUGGGGGUGCGGGCGCGGUUGGGGCAGGGGCUGUUGAGGAUAUUGGUGCCCAAGGUUAGGGAGGUCGGGGUGAGGGUUAAGACGGUGGAUAUCGAGAAUGUGGAGUAGAGGAUGGUGCGUUUGUUCUGGCGUUGGAUGGUAGGGUGGCUAUAUCAAAGCUGUAUUUUGAGUUUCAUUUGUAGAUAGUCAACAGAUGUCUACAUCCAAACAUU